GCUUGUUGCUGACGCGGAGCCUUUCUAAAAGUUAACAGCUGGUUACGUAACGCCCGGGACUAGAGCUGGGAUCUCCACGCUUCUCCGUCCCGUCCGCGCUCCGCACCGCGUCGUGUUGUUCACUCUUGGUUUGGCUUUGUUAUUACCAGUCCAAAGUCCAACAGACAGACAGCUCACACGCAACAGGACAAGGAGACAGACCACUCCGUUGCACCAACUUUUUCUCCCCCCCUACAAACUUUACGCCAAACCAGCGAUCACAAUGGGGAAAGGCUGCAUGAAGGCAAUCAAGUACUUCCUGUUCCUCUUCAAUGUCCUCUUCUUCCUGUUUGGCGCCCUCAUCAUGGGGUUCGGACUGUGGGUCCUUCUGGACAAUGAGAGCUUCAUGGUCAUCCUGCAAGAGUCCUCCACAGUGCUGAAGAUAGCUUCCUACAUCCUGAUAGGUGUAGGUGGUCUCUCCAUGUUGAUGGGCUUCCUGGGUUGCCUGGGGGCUAUCUACGAGAUCCGCUGUCUGCUGGGCCUGUACUUCACCUGCCUGCUGCUGAUUCUGAUUGGUCAGGUGGCAGCCGGUGUACUCAUCUACUUCCAGAAGGACCUGCUAAAUAAGGAGAUGUCCAACAUCGUGACCCAGAUCCUAAGCAACUACCCUGGAAAGAACAGCACCACAGAGCAGGCCUGGGAUUAUAUACAGAGGACGAUGGAGUGUUGUGGAUGGAGUGGUCAUAUGGACUGGCAUGGUAAUGCUGUCGUAGUGAACAGUUCCCAGCUGUUGUUCCCGUGUUCCUGCCAGAACGUGUCUCUGGUUGAGGGUGAUUCCUCCUCUGACAGUGGUUUCUGUGAGGCACAGUCACUUCACUGGCCCGUCUACAACAGGGGCUGUAACUCCAGUGUAGAGAGCUGGCUGUUUGCCAACGUUGGAGUGAUCCUGGGGGUCUGCCUGGGAGUGGCCGUCAUCGAGCUCCUGGGUAUGAUCCUGUCCAUAGGGCUGUGUAAGAGCAUACACACUGAGGAUUACACCAAAGUGCCAAAGUACUGAAGAUGACGACAGGGGACGCUAUGACACACACACACACACACACAUAUGUUCUCUCUCUCUCUCCCUCCCUUUAUUUGGAGAAACGCGUUCGGUGCAGAUGUUUAUUUGCUUUCAUUUUUGUUUAAUUUGUUUCGUUUUUGUUUUGUAUUUUUUUUGGAGGCACUUGUGUCUUUUGUGUCAGUCCAGUUUCCAUUGGAGCACUUUAGAGACUGUAGUUAUGGAUUAGAGCGGAAGACGGGACGAGAGCAGACCGGGUCACAGAGACAACAGAGAUGUGGAGAAAGUAGGACAGGAAGUGUGAAGAGAGGACAGAGAAGAUGAGGAUGUAGAAAGAGAUGGAGUCUCGUCUCCUGUCCUCGGCAGAUGCGGUCUACCACAUCCUUGACUUCUGGAGAAGAUACAUUUUAUCAUCAGGAGUGAAUCAUGAUUGUCAUUGUUUGUCAGCUCUCGUAGGGUCCAAUCCUAACUUCAGAUAUGCAUGGGUAACUUUCAUGUAUUGAAAAUGUCAAAUAUGAGAUUUUCAGUUGGAGAAUUUAAUUGGGAGAGUUGUGAAAAUGUGAGUUGUGUUCACAGAUCUCAAGUUAGGUUAACGGUCAUUAUUGAGUAGACCUGACUAGAAGAGGAAGGGUUCGGGUUAUUGGACUCCUGGAAAAUAAACGACAUUGUUUUGAGUUGUUAUGCAUUUUUGUUUGUUAUAGUACCUUGUAUAUAAUUUAGUUUGGUAUUUUGUGAGCCUCUGAAUCCACGUUUUUGUGAAGAUGUGGUUUACUCCUUGUUUUUCAAAAGGUUUUUUCAUUGCAUGUUUUCUUUUUCAUGUAUUUCAUUUUUUUUGGUGCAGUUUUAGAUUAUUUUUCUUGAUAAUUUUGUUUAAAAUGAUAGGAAUAAUGAGAUACUAAAGAGGACCAAGAUUCUGCUACUUUAAAGUGGGGGGGGGGCUUGGCUCGUAGGGGGGGGUUCCCCAACUGGUGUCCCGCGGGUGAUUUUUAUUUACCGGCCCAAGUUUUCUGAGCUAGAUAUAAAUGAAUCCGCUCCAAGUGAUUUUAAUUUUGGAAAUCUGUUCCAUAGUAUUCCCACGCAUAAUAGAGGGAUAUAUGUGACUGUAUACAAAUCUAAACAAGCUUUGAAAUGAUUAAGUUUAAGUUAAAUAGUAUAUCUGUUUGGUCUUCUUGCUGUCAAUUUUCAGUCUACAAAUGAUUUGUAAUUAUGUUGCGACCCCCCCCCCAUCCCCCCCCUUAAUACACUCAAAAAACAAAUCAUCCCUCUGCUGAUUCUAGUGGAUCACUGCUUUUUAAGGGGCUGUGCUCCAAUAAUCCACCUCCCAUAUUGGCAAAAAAAGUCUUAGUUUACAAUUGUCUUUUGAUGACAAACAGAAUACUUUGUUAUGAAUUUUAUGUUGAUUGUGGCAUCUUGUCGGUUGUGAGUUACUCUGAAGCUUUUCAUCUUUUUUGUGAUGACGGCUUUCACGUAAAUAUCUCAUUUUCCUUCAGAAGACAAACAUACACGUUUAAGAAAUGAACCAUUUUGUAUUAACAAAUAUUUUUUUUAAUCAGGGUUAUGUAACCAUUUUCUGUGAGUGAAGAGCAAAUUUAAAUAACAGAAGCUGGGUUCUGUUAUUUUUUUAUUUUAUUUUUUUUUUAAGAAGAAAAACGUCCUUGUUUUUGAGAAAAGAUCCAUUUUGGACCAGAAUUUUUUUAUGUACAGUAAAUCAUUCAGAAUUAAAUUCAUGUAUUUUUUUUAAACUUUGAAUUAAGGUUUUUGUUUUAUAUUUAGGCUUUUCUUUUUGUUGUCUGAUUUGAUAAACCUUUCUUGACCUUGGAGUAAUUUUUUUUUUACCCGUAGGACUAUUAAUUUAGAACUUGAUCAACUUCUGUCUGCUAGCUUGAUCAGUUGAAGUAUACUCACCCCAUUGAUUCUGUCAAUAAACAUUCAAUAGACUGA